CACAGCGUGCUGAAUCUGCGGCUCACGAGGACCCGUCUCAGGUGUUCGUUGUGCGGGUUUGUUUGUCUCGUCUGUGGGCAGCUUGCCUGCUGCGCCCCCUGCUCCCGCGGUACACUCUCGGCCGGGCCUGCCUCGCUGCCGGUGAGUGCGGGUGCAGGGCGCGGGGUCCCGGCUUGAGCUUCCAUCCCGGGCCCACGUCAGAGCCCGGGUUUGUGCUCGGCCUGGGCUACUGCUCACCCUCCACCUGAGGACGAAACCGGGGAAAGCAGCCCGGCCGGGGACUCCCAGCACUCCCAGGACCCUGGAGUUGGAGAGGCCGAGGUGACCAUCCAGUCGGGGGUACCCGGCGGGCCUAUGGGGCUUGCAGGGCCCGAAAUCGGGGGUCAGGUCGUGACAGAAUCCGCGUCCUCGCAGUCAGAGGGCGCCCUGGUUCUCACCAUGUUUCCAAAGGGACCCCAGCCCAGAGUCCUGCAAACCUCUUAUCCAGUGUGCCUGAGGUUCCGGGAAGCACAAAUUUGAGCCCUGAGGCAAAAGAAAGCAAGACCCGCCCCAGACAAUGGCAACCACACCUGGUCUCCAGCCUCCACCGCCCCUGGACCAAGAUGAGAUCUUGAUUGUGAAGGUGGAGGAGGAUUUCUGCUGGGAAGAGGAGCCCUCCCUGGAGCCAGAAGACCCCAGCCCUGAGACCUUCCGCCAGCUCUUCCGGCUCUUUUGUUACCAGGAGGUGGCGGGGCCACGGGAGGCCCUGAGCCGCCUCUGGGAGCUCUGCUGCCGCUGGCUACGGCCAGAGCUGCGCACCAAGGAGCAGAUUCUGGAGCUGCUGGUGCUGGAGCAGUUCCUGAUGGUGCUGCCAGGGGAGAUCCAGGCCCGGGUGCGGGAGCAGCAGCCAGAGAGUGGUGAGGAGGCCGUGGUCCUCGUGGAAGGGCUGCAGCGGGAGCCCAGGAAACAGAGGCAGCGGAGCCUGGAGGUGCUCCCUGAUGAUGUAGCGCCCCACGGGGCAGGAGAAAAGUCCUUGAAACACCAAGUGGAGGCCAGGCCGGAGGAGCUGUCUCCGGAGGAAGGGUCUGGAUGCUCCAGCCAGCAGCCCCCAUCCCAGCGGAGCCGCAGACCAAAGAGGGGCCCCCAGCUCUGGCCAAAGAGGGGCCCAGCAGCCUCCCAACAUCAGGAGACAGCAGCUUCGGCCACGUGCUUCGUUUCGUCUUGGUCCCAGCAGGUGCCAGUGACCUUGGAGGACAUGGCAGCGUACCUGUCCCAGGAGGAGUGGGAGAGCCCAGACCCAGCUCAGCGGGAUUGUAGCUGGGACACACUGCCGGAACACAGGGGGCUUGGGCUGCAACUUGAUGGAGAGGACGCCAGGGAGGACGUGUCGAUGAGAAGGGAGAGGGACCGAGAGCCGGCCGGGGGCAUGACCAGACCUGAGCAGCCUCUGGAAAGAGCAGGACCCCGACGAGUCGAAAAGCCGUACACGUGCCCCGAGUGUGGCAAAGGCUUUAGCAAAACGUCCCACUUGACCAAGCACCAGCGCACGCACACCGGGGAGCGGCCCUACAAGUGUCAGGUGUGCGGGAAGGGCUUCAGUGACCGCUCCAACUUCAGCACGCACCAGAGGGUCCACACGGGCGAGAAGCCGUACGCGUGCGCCGAGUGUGGGAAGCGCUUCAGCCAGAGCUCCAGCCUGGUCAUCCACCGCAGGACGCACACCGGGGAGCGGCCUUACGCCUGUGCCGAGUGCGGGAAGCGCUUCAGCAACAGCUCCCACUUCAGCGCGCACCGGAGGACACACGCAGGCGAGAAGCCCUUCGUGUGCCCAGCCUGUGGCAGGGGCUUCCGCCGGGGCACAGACCUCCACAAACACCAGCGGACCCACAGCGAAGAGCAGCACCCGCCGGGCCCGCAGAGCCCCGCAGCGAGGCUCCAGGAGGCCCCCGGGCUGAAGCCCGGCUGCCACUCACUGAGCUACCCGCCUCAGGGGUCCCGGUCAGAAUUUCACGGUCAGAGUUCAUGAAGCUGCUGGAGUUACUGUCUUGGAACCAGAACCCUAACCUGAAGGCAUUUCGGACACACCCCGUGUGCCCCUACUGGGGGCCCAGCUGAUGACAGUGGGACAUUUCAGGUGCCCGGACUGAGGGAAGAAUCCGGGCACUGAGUGUGGCAGUGACGGCUGGACACGGAGCAGGUGGACCUGGGCCGUGGGGCCACUGUCCGGAUGAGCACAGCCUGGUGUCUCAGCACCCCAGGGAUGGAUUCUCACCGUUCAGGGGGCCGGAAGUCCAAUUCAAGGUGUAGGCAGGGCUGCUGCUUUCCGGACGCCCUGAUGGGAGACACCAUCCCACGCCUCUCUUCUGGCUUCUGAUGUUGCCGGCGUCCCCAGUGUUCUCGCCUUAUGGCUCCAUCGCUCCCGUCUCUGCCUCUUCUCUGCUCUGGUGUCCUCUUCUAAGGGCACAGUCAUUCGAUUUAGGGCCCCCGGUCCAGAAUGACCUCAUCUUAAUUACAUCUGCAAAGACCCUGUUUCCAAAUAAGGGCACAUUCUGAGGUUGUGGGUGGACAUGAAGCUGGGGACACUUUGUCGGCCCACUUUGGGGAAGCCUCAGUGGCUCCAAUUUCUUGCAGUGUUAACAAACCCUAGCCUUUACUGGCCUCUCACCUUCCCCUCCAGCCUUGCCACACUCAGUGUGUAGGCCGUGGGGGCUUUUCCGUGUCCCUGUGUUAUCAGCGGGACCGUGGAGGGGAGUUGGGGGUCACCUUCGUAGAUCCACAGCUGUUCUAAAGGAUAAAUGCCUGGUGUGGGAACACUUCCCUGAUACCCCAUCUUUCAGCCUCUGCAGCCUGUGAGGAAGCCUGUGGAUUUGACCUGUCUUCCCAUCUGUCCCCACGGCAGGAGUCCAUGGUUGUCUUUGUUCCAGCCCCAAGUGGCCAGGACAGAGGCAGCCUUGGCUGACCCACUGGGUCUUUCUGAGGCAGACAGGCAGCUGACGCUCCCGUAGAGGGUCCUUGUUCUGUUUCAUUGUCACUGGAGUUGGGGCAACUGCUGAAACCCCUUGGUUCUGGAACAUUCCAUGCAGGGAGUGUGGCAGUUUCCCAUGGUGGGGUUGCCUUGGGCCUUGUCUUGUGCUCCAUUCUGUUUGUUACCCAAUCACUGUAGGUAUUUUCCAUCUUUCAGUGUAACCCAGGUUCCAGGAUGCGUGAUUUGUUCUUGGUUCCUUUAAUAAACAAAGUCGGUCCCUCUGG